AUGACCCUCAGCCUUGUCGUCAAUUUGGCGUUGAUGGCCGCGAACUCGGUCCACAAGCACCGGGUCUUGACACAUGUUGGGGACGUGCAGAAAGCCUACGAUUAUCAUUGCCAGAUGCUGACGUAUGUCGGCCACCAAAGUGUCGUAGGCUUUGCCGAGGUUGUGAAAGCCACUGGAUUUGUCAAGAAAGCGGUCCAAGCAGUUAUGGACGAUUGUGGACGCUCGAGGGAGACGCAAAAGCCAUGA